AUGUCUCCCAACAGCAAACCCUGCACCCUCUGCACCACCCCCCGCGACAUCCUCGUGCGCUGCCAAACCGACUCAACAGGUAAAUGGCACUUCGUCUGCCCCGGCGCCUGCUGGCGAAGCGUCUCCGGUGGCGAGGAAGAUGCUCGCGGCUUUGAGAAGGAGUUUCCUCAUUAUCGGUAUGGAGGGAUGUGGAAGAAUCGACAUGCGGACGGGCCGACUAGUGCGAAGAAGCCGAGGAAGGUUGCGGAGAGGCAGAAGGAGAGGAGGGCUGGGAGGGGGGAGGAAGGGAAGGAGGAGUCUGGGGAGUGCUGA